AUGGCAUCCUUUCUCGCCUUCCUCUCGGCCCUCUUCGGCUGGGUCUACACCUUUUGCUGGAGCGCUUCCUUCUAUCCCCAGCCGCUGCUCAACUUUCGCCGGCGCUCCACCUCGGGCACGACGGUUGACUUUCCCUUUAUCAACGUCCUCGGCUUCGCCGCGUACCUCUUCUCCAACCUCGCCUUCUACUACUCGCCCGUUAUCCGCGACCAGUACGCCGCCCGCAACCAUGGCCUGACGCCCACGGUCCAGUUCAACGACAUCACCUUUGCCCUGCACGCCCUCGUCCUCUCCCUCGUCACCGUGUCGCAGUACCUCGCCCGCCCCGCCUGGGGGUUCGCCCCGUCCACCGGCACCCGCCCGUCGCGCUUCAUCGCCGGCGUCUCGGCCGGCUGCCUGCUGGCCCUCGUCACCAUCUACGUCGUCGUCGCCACCGCCGCCGCCCAAGGAGCCCCGUCGGCGUCGUCGGUCGACCCCGCCACGGACUGGUGCGAGCUCGACCUCGUCUACGCCGCCGGCUACGUCAAGCUCGUCGUCACCCUCGUCAAGUACACGCCGCAGAUUGUCGCAAACUGGCGCAACCACAGCACCGAGGGCUGGAGCAUCUGGCAGGUGCUGCUCGACAUGGCCGGCGGCGUCCUCAGCAUCGCCCAGCAGGGCAUCGACAGCUACCUGCAGCGCGACUGGAGCGGCAUCUCGGGCAACCCCGUCAAGUUUGCCCUCGGCAACGCCAGCCUCUUCUACGACUCCAUCUUCAUGGCCCAGCACUACGUCGUCUACCGCGGCGCCUCGGCCGGGAAGCCGGGCUGGCGCAGCGAGGAGGAGCCGCUGCUCGACGACGGCCCUGCCCCCGCCGACGCCGCCCAUGACGACGAUAGGAGAAGAAGGAGGCUGGACUAG